CCAGCGCGGCUCCCCGGGCCUCUGCCUGCGCCGAGCGAGCGCAGCCCCGCUGGGCUGCCCCCUCCCCGGCAGGGCUGCGCCCGGGGGAAGCCCUCCCCCCAGCGCCCGGGGCCCAGCUGAGCUGUUACCGCGCGAGGAGACGGAGAGUCUCGUGGCCCCUGUCCCGAAACCGCCUGCGCUGCAGCGGCCCAAAAACGCUGCCCAAGUUCAUAUACCUAAACGUGUGUGGAGGAGAUGCGAUUGUGGGUUAGUCCAAGAAUGAACAAAUAUACGAAGCCUUAUGUUGAGAAGACCACAAAUCUUGAAAAAUUCAGCCCUGUGAUUCUUGCUGAAAUUGAGGAGCUCUUUGAGAAGAAGUUCUCAUAUACAAAACCACCGAACAGUGAUUGGAAGCUGCCAGAUUCCAGUGAUGUGUUUACCUGCAAUCACAAAGAAUUCAAUACACUCCUUGCUCUGAAGGACUCCAUGAAUGAAGUCAAAAACCAACUAAGUGAUAAGAAAUUGGAUGUAUGGCAUCAGCACACUUCCUUCACCAACAAAGCUGGGAUAAUCAUUACUCAUGUGAAGAAGUCUGUGAAUGCUGAGUUGUGUACCCAGGCUUGGUGCAAAUUCCAUGAGAUUUUGUGCAGUUUCCCCCUUCUCCCGAAAGAAGCUCUUCAGAAUGGAGAACUCAAUUCUGUCCAUCUCUGUGAAGCACCUGGUGCUUUUAUAGCCAGUCUCAAUCACUACAUAAAAUCCCAUCACAUUCCCUGCGAUUGGAACUGGGUAGCCAAUACCCUAAACCCAUAUCAUGAAGCAAAUGACACCCUUGUGAUGAUUAUGGAUGACCGACUUAUUGCAAAUACCUUGCCAUGGUGGUAUUUUGGCCCAGAUAAUACUGGGGAUGUGAUGACAUUGAAACAUCUAACUGGACUUCAGCACUUCAUAAGUAAUAUGACCACUGUUCACUUGGUAACUGCUGAUGGGAGUUUUGAUUGCCAAGGAAAUCCAGGUGAACAAGAAGCGCUUGUCUCACCUCUACAUUACUGUGAAGCAGUCACUGCUUUAAUGAUCCUUGGCAAUGGUGGCUCCUUUGUUUUGAAGAUGUUCACUUUAUUUGAACAUUGUUCUGCCAAUCUGCUUUUUCUGCUAAAUUGUUCCUUCGAGGAGGUCCAUGUCUUUAAACCUGCCACUAGCAAAGCCGGGAACUCUGAAGUCUAUGUAGUUUGUCUUCAUUACAUGGGCAGAGAGGCCAUCCAUCCUGUGCUGUCCAAGAUGAUGCAGAACUUCGGAACAGAAAUGGUUAACAAAGCACUCUUUCCCCAACAUGUGAUUCCAGAAUCUUUUCUUAAAAUGCAUGAAGAAUGCUGUGCAUUCUUUCACAAGUACCAAAUAGAGACUAUAUCUGAGAACAUCCGGCUCUUUGAGAGCAUUGGGGAAGCAGAACAAGUAAAGCUGAACAACUUAAGGGACUGUGCAGUGGAAUUUUUUAUGCAAAGAUUCCACCUGAAACACAUUACAAGAAAUAACUGGCUAGUGAAGAAAUCUCGUGUAGGCUGCAGCAUGAAUGCAAAAUGGUUUGGACAGAGGAACAAAUAUUUUAGUACAUACAAUGAAAGAAAGAUGCUGGAAUCCCUGACAUGGGAAGAUAAAGUGGCCAAAGGCUAUCUUAAUCAUUGGACUGAAGAGCACACUUUAGGUAAUGCUGGGAAAAGCUGCAUUUUGGAAGGGUUAUCCUGUAACCUUGAAUGUAAUUUAUGGUACAUCCUGGAGGGAAAGAGGCUGCCAAGAGUAAAAUGUUCUCCAUUCUGUGAGGGUGAUGUCUUGAAGAAUCUCAAUGAAGCCAUUAAAGAAUCAUUAGUAGGCAAACUAAAAACUAGUUCCUUUUCCAGACGAACACAGCAACCAUGUCAUUCUUGCAAUGUUCUUACUGAGGCACUGAUACUAUCUGAGUUGUCUAGCCUUACCAAGUACCAUCAGAAGGUACCAAAUGAAGGAUGCAGUGACCAAAUCAAGUGUCUCGUGGUGGGCUUUCCGUCUCUUUGUGACAUCAAAAGCCAGUCCAACAUGGAAGUUAGGCUCCUGGAGUCAGCCACACUCUUGACUUUCAGCUGUUCUUUGCUUCAUGAUGGAGAGCCAAAAUAUCAGCAGCAUCUUUUAGACUGCCUUCUGCGUGCGAUUAAUCAGCUUCAACUGGGAGAUGCUUUGAUUCUGCCUGUUCUUUCUUGUUUUACACGCUUCACAGCUGGCCUGAUUUUUGUACUGCACGGCUGUUUCAGCUACAUCACAUUUGCUUGCCCCAUAUCCUCUGAACCUCUAGGGACCAGUGCUGUUCUAUUGUGUAUUGGCUAUCGAGGUCUUCCAAAUCCAGUUGUUGAGUACCUGCAGCACCUGAAUAAACUAAUGAGCUCUUUGCUCAGCUCAGACUCUCCCCAGCAGGUUUUGCAGUUUGUCCCUAUGGAGAUGCUUUUGAAAGGCAUGCUGCUUGAGUUUUUAUGGGAUUUGAAUACUGCCAUUGCAAAGAGGCAGCUCCAUUUGAUUGUACAAGUUGAACAGCAGCAAAUGUCGAGUAAUCUUUAAUUUUGGUGAUUCUAGAAUCGAAUUGGUAGAUGUUGUUUCAAAGAAGAUUCACUUCACUGGCUCUUUAAAGUUCUUAAAUUUUUUCUUUUGCUAGUGUGAAUAUCACUUCAUUUUAAAACAGUGGGAUUUAUUUUAAUGUUGGUAUCUAAACAGUUCUACAGUACUGCCUUAUGGUAUUAGGUGUUGCCAUACAAUCCUGUAAGCAUGGGGGUUAUUCUACAUGGUGGGGAAAUUGUGAAUCAUAAUGAAGGACUGAAAUUCUGGAGAAAGGGGAGUUCUUCUAGGUAAUACCUUUGUGCCUUUGUACAAUCUUGUCUCUCACCAUCUAGGUCCUCUUCCCUCCAUAUAGGCAUAACCUCACAAUGACUGUAUUUCUGUGAAGAGAUCUGAAUGGAGCUUAAUUGAUGCCACUCCUUAUCAGCCAGUAGAUGCUGCUAAUUGUACCCCUUUCACACUGUCACACACUGUUAAUUCCAGAGUUUUGGGGACCCAAAUGUGGUAUUCAAACUUGUUAGCUGAUAGCCUUUCCAAGCUAGCUAAUCUUCCCUUUUGAUUAAAAAGAGGCUAUCUAUGCUGUCGCCUGCAGAAAGAAUUGGAAACCUUUAAAAAGAUCUCUAGAGUUUGCUGAAUACACAACCAUAUUGAGAUCAAUAUAAGAUUUGCUUCAGAAAUUCAAUUUUAUAACCUGUUGCCUUAGCUGAUCUGCAGCCAUGCUGGCAAAGGCCUCAGGUUUUCAGAAGUGACCGACUAGUGAUUUGGAUGUCUCCACUUUUGUUGUCCAACUUUAGGCACUAAAGAAGGUUGACUUUUCAGAGUUCAGGUCUUCACCAUUUUCUGAAAAUUUAGCCCCCCUUUAAUUUCAAGUUGGGCACCUGCUGGCAGCCGCCAGAAUGCUAAGUGAUGCCAUUUAUAACAUCCCACCAUGUAGGCCCAAGCUCAGAUGUAAAGCACAAGGGAGACUGGUUUUCAUAUAAGGAAUUUUGUGAUCGCAGACUCCCAAGUUACAAAUCCUUGCUUUUUCAGCGGUGUAUUGGAGGGAAUCAAGACAUCUGGGUUCUGUUCCCAUCUAUGAAAUUGACUUGCCAUCAACAAGUCAUUUCACCUCCCUAUGCCCCUUUCCCCAUCAGUAUAAUGGCCAUAAUACCAUUUCAGUCUCCAGAGUGUUAGAUGAUUCAUACAUAAAGAGUUUGAGAAACUUGGGUGAAAGUGAGAACUACCUAUUGUUGUCUACUAUGGUAGCUGUCAGCAGGUGACCCACAACUACUGAUUUCUAAUUAGAAAUGUUAUCAAGUGCAGUUUAUAAAUAGCAAAUAGUAUAUCCCACUAUGUGAAUGUUGGAAGCAUGGAACUGAGAAAAAGUGAAUGAAACUUAUUAGAAAAGAAGUAUGUUACUUGAUUUGAUCCUUUUAGGAGUAAAAUGAAAGAGAAAAUGAGUAAUUGACACCACUGUCCCUUUAAGGAAAAUCAGGUUUUACUUUUUCAUAUUGCUCCUUUAAGAUCUCAUUUUGAUAUCUAAUUAAUUUUCAUUAAAACAUAGUCUCCAAGAUUCUAAUUUACAUAGAAGACCUGCCCAGAUAGAGAGAGAAAUGGUAUUUAAAGGGGAAACUUAUGGAUUUAAUGUUGGUAUAAAAAUAGCAUAAAUGAGUGCACGUGAGAGAAAGGGGUUAGUAAAAGAAAAGACAGCCUCCUGAUUAAUUACCAGUCACCUGUGGAAGUACUUCUAAUUACAUAAGGUAGGAGCUUGAAGGAUAUUUGAUUACCAAUGGGAAUUAAAAGCACUGUUGAAAAACUGUUUUGUCUGAUGGUGCUGUGCACUUAAUAGUCUUUCUUGUCACUUUGGAAGGGGUGGAGUGUAAUUAACAUUUUGUUUUGCUUUUUGUUUACUGUGUUUGAAAGGUUUGUGAGUUGGUAGCUGAAGUCUAACUCAUUUUAUAACAUUCUAUACAGACUUUGUUUUCUGAAAGUAUGCAGAAGAGGAUCUGUUUGGCUUCCUCCAAACUUCUCAAAUUGGUCACUGUUCAUUUUAACUUAAUUUAAAUUAACUUCCUGUAGUUGCUCUGUGGAGAUGAAGAGAGCCUUGCCUCCUGUCAAUCACAGGCAAGCAAAACAGUUCAGCAGAUCCUCGAGAUCAAGAGACUAGAGGCAGCAAAAGCCUCUCCAGUAAGUGAUUCUGAAAGCUUAGGAAAUUUUUUAAGAGGACCUGAGGGGCCAAAAAGGAGGCAACAUUGAGGAACAAAAGAAAAUGACGGGGAAAGGAACAGAGACCUGUAAUGAGAAAAAGAAAAGGGGGAAAGGAUAUAUGAGGGUAUAGUGGAUCUGAGAGGACAGCAUGAUAAAAACUUCAGGAACAGUACCAUAAAUUCAGUCUUCACAAAUGAUCCUUCUGUUUCCCUGUAUUUGGGAGAAUGAACAAAAUAGAAAUAUUGCCGUCCAUCAGAAAGCAGUGUUCCCUCUCCCUGUCCCCUUUGUAAUUGUGGGAUUAGAGGAUUACCUUAACCUGUUUGUAUCCUGCUCUAGCCAACCCAUCUGGGAAAGCACCUCUUCUGAAGCAGGGGCACAUACCCAUGUAUCUGGAAGUAUUGUAGAUGUAUGUUUACAUUGUCACAAUCUAUAUUUUGGAGUACUAAAACGUCAAAAGGUCCCCCAUAUAGUUGGUCAACUCAAAUCUAGACAUCAGUUCUUUCUGGGCUUAACAGGACAUCUGUAACUUUAGAAAUCUGACUUCUGUCUGUGGUGUGUGGUUUUUUUUUUUUUUUUUUUUUUUUUUUUUUUUUUUUUUAACCUUCUGUUGCUACAAGUAAAUCCCAGAGAUGACUAUACCUUUAGGACAAAUAGAAAAAACUUUUCUUUUCUUUUUCUUUUUUUCUUCCAAUUGUCUGCUUUGUACCUUUUGACAGCACUCUGUCAGUUUCAGUUUUCCUUCCACCAUCAGUCAGUAUACCCCAUCUGUAUGGGCCUUUCACAUAGCAAUGGUGGGAGAUGGGUGCGCUUUUUUUUUUAAGAAAUGUGGUUGUAAAGCCACAAAAAUUGACAGGAAGUGAAAUGAAAGUACCUUUAUUAUUGAAAGGUACUUCAUGAAAGUACCUUUAACUCUCUGGAAUUGACUAGACUUCACAUUGACAAGGUCCUUUGAGGUGCCUCACUUCUUCCAUACUUUCUGAAAGCCAUCUUUCCUGUGUCCAGAAAUUAAAAACAGGAGACAUAACUUGCCUUGGGGCCAGAUUUUCAAGAGAGUUCAGCAGCCAAUGUGCUUCCAAAGUGCCUCUCUUGAAAAUCUGAUUCCCACCUCCCAGAGGAGAGACAUAAGGGGAGGAUGUCUCAGAUUUUGUGGGGUGAAAUUCUGUCCCAUUGAAGUCAGUGGGGAAUUUUCUCAUUCACUUCAGUUUCUGGGUGCUGGGUUUUGGCCCACACUCUCCUGGCAGACUGAGCCACAAGGCUCACUUUCAAAUAUGGAGGAUUCCAAGGAUGUUGGCACAAGGACUUUGUGCCUCCACCCCUACUCAUGGAGCCUGUGUGUUCUCCCACCCUCUCCUUGGCACAGAAAUCCUGUGGUCACAGCUGCCCCUUGGAUCCUUUCUUAAGGGGGAUUCUCCAUGGUGGAGGGGUGUCUGUGAGAGGCCCAGUCUGCAUGUUUUGCUUUUAAAAUAAAAUCACUAAAAAGUCCUAUCAAAAUUAGGAGAUUCAAAGUUAGGACUGUUGCUUUGUUUUUUUUAUUGUGAAUGUUGUGGGUUGAUUGUGUCUUAAAUGUUACUGUUCUUUUAAAGAGUCUUUGGUCUUUGAGAUGUUUAAGUGUUUCCAUUGUGACUUUUGUGGGAGUCAUAAGAAAGAGAGUGGAGAAUGUAUUAACCUUUUUGGAGGGAGAUGAACUGAGGAGUCUCUGCUGUCAAAUUAUUUUGCCAAGUCUUAUGUUUGACAUAGAAUGAGACCUGAUUAAAUAUCUGUGUCUUAGUGUGCUCUCUCUCUUUUUUUUUUUUUUUUUAAACACAUGGCAAGUUUAUUUUUUCUGCCUCCUACCAUUUGAAGAGGAAUGGUGGAUGCUGGUCUUAAUGUUUUAGAAGCUACAAGUUACAUGCAGUGAAAGGGAGGGGAGGGAGCAAGUAAUUGAUCAAGCUAUAUAAUGUACAGAGAUGAUAAAUACAGAUGAGUUAUGAGAAUGAGAUGGAUUUGGUUUAUUUGGCAGCCUUACUGUCUCAGAUUUUCAAUUACGAGUUCAUAUCUAGGCCCUAGUGAUUGUUAGAUGAAAGGACAGGGCUAACUGUCUCUGGUUUAAUUUGUAAAGAUUUUGUACUUGAUUUGGCUCCUGCCUAAGAGCCUAUUUGACUAUUGAUUUCAAAAACUUACACUGCUUUAGAAUAAGAGUAGGUGAAAUUUAAAUCAAGUAUCUACCCAGUGAAAGGACUCUGUUUAGUUACGUGCAUUAAGGUUUGGAGACUUGCCACUUUUUAUUUGUAUUGUAAAUUAUUAUAUUUAACUGUGUGUGUGUGUGUGUGUAUACACGCAUGCAUAUACCUGUGCAUAUUCAAAUGAAGUUAUGUAAAAAGCCUGCUGGUUUUCCAAUUUGAUUUCUAUAAGGCAUAAUGAGAUUUACUGUAUGAAAUCUUGUCCUCUGCUAAAAUUAUAUUAAUUGCUGUCUAUUCAACUUAAUUUAAGUUAGAUCAGUCAAAUUACUAGUAGAAUAAGUAGACUGUGGUAGAAUUACUGGACAUUAGAAAAGCAAUUUGGGACUUAAAGGAAAAGGACUUUGGUAUGAGCUAUCUGAACAGCUUAUGCAGAAGAAACAGAAAAGUCUUAUGUUCUGGUUGUUAAACUGAGAUCUUGAGCUAGGGUGUGGAAUAUUCUUAAAUAUUGAUUCAUUGGGAUGCACAAUGUGACCAUAACACUCUAUCCUAUGGGGUGGAAAUCUUUUUACCUUAUUCUGUAACAUUUCUUUUGAGAUUUUAGUCCUUGAACUUGAAUUAUUUUCAGCACAUUAUUUUGGAAAAAUAAACUUAGCAUAAUGUUUGUUUCUCUUGCUAUUUGUAUUUGGAUGCCACUAAAAUAUGUCAGUGUGGCUAUUCAUGUAGGCUGACAGAUUGUGGGAGGCACUUGUUUUCUGGACACGACAGCUUUGCAAAUUUUCUACUUGUGUAUGGAAAGUAACCUUUUUUUCUUUACAAUGGGCAUAUGAAAUACAAUUAGUUUUUUUUUUCUUUCUCCUAAUAUCUUCAAUCACUGGUGUAAAGGGUGGGUGAAAAGAUUUUUGUGCCUGGAUUGCUAAAGUUUCAUGACAAUGUUACCAGACUGAGAUAAGGGAAAACAUUUUCAUGGUUGUCUUGCUGAAAACUUGGUUUGGUUUCUUCCUUUUAAACUUCAGCUCAGCUAGCAAAAAGUACUAACUGGACAGGAUGAAAUAAACAUAUAGGCCCAAAUGAAGUUGCAUCUAUUUAUAUCAGAAGUGAAUUCAGCCCAUGAUUCCUUAUCAGUAACUGUUUAUUAUACAGUAAUUUGGAUUGCUGUGUAAUUCUCUUCCGGUUACACAAAUGUUGGCAAUUCUGAAAUUUAUUCUGAGCUUUAAAAGCAUACCAACUUUGUAUGGAGAUUCUGGAUGGGUACAGAGACAACUGGCUUGUAACAAAGCAUAAUUUGCUGUUACAAUAACUGUCUUGCUAAACAAUCUUUCUGUCCGUCUGUAUAGGCUGAUUAAACUUGCUCACUGGGCCCCCGUCUAGUAGAUUUGCCCAACCUUGCUUGAUAAAGGUUCCUUGAGAAGUAGGCUCUGUGGGAUUUACCACCUUGCGUGACCAUUUAGUGUGUGUGUGCAUGUGUUAAUGCUGCUGAGAUAUUUGCAGUCCUACAUCAGAUUGGAAGGGUUUGCUUUAUAACUGAGUGGAUGUGUUUGUUUUGUUUGGGGGUGGAGUAUUUAUGGGUAUAAAGAUUAAGGAAUGCUGGCUGAAGCUGGCUACUGCAUUUCUCUGUUGACCUCUGUAAAUUUAUGCAUGUAAAGAGAGAGUGUUUUUUUUAUUUUUAAAGGGGCGGGGUGACACUUACGUGUUUGGAAAUAAAAUCUUAUUUUUCUCUGA